AUUGAAACUGGCACCAACAGAUGUUUCUCCCCAGAGCCAGCUGAAGCUGCAUGGCUGUAGCCAGAACUAGCCUGAUUUGGGGGUCUCUGGGGGCACGGGUGGGAGUGGAGACAGUGAAGGGAGGCAAGCCAUUUAUAUCACUCACACUGGAGUCUUGUGCCAGAGAGCAGGCAGUGCAGCUUCAGAUCAUGGCAGGGACUCCAGAGGAGGAUGGAUUCUUCAACCUGCUAACCCACGUCCAGGGUGGUCGGAUGGAGGAGCAGCGCUGCCCCCUGCAGACUGGACCAGGCCAGGGGCCACCCAACAAGAGCAGUCGCAGUCGAAGCCGCAGCCCUAGCCCCAACCCCGUUGCCCCUCCAGAGAUGGACAACCUGAUGGACAUGGUGGCCCACACCCAGAGACGCCGUAUGGAUGACCAACGUGUCACCAUCAACUACCUCCCUGGCUUCCAGUCUGGGGCCCCCAAGGAUGGUGUUCAGCAAGGAACUGGGAAUCGCAGCCACCACCCCCUACUGGUUCCUCAAGACCCCUCUGCUCUCACCUUCCGAAGGAACAGCAGCCCCCAUCCCCAAACCACUGGCCCCUGAAGGCUAAGGCCUGACUGGGCUUCCACACUCGCCUACCAAUCCCACACCACCAAAUAAAAGGCUUUUACAAACACCAAA